CAUUUACGGAACCCAACCGAGGCGAGCUUUCAGUAGGAAAGAGACCUUCGGGGACCCCUUUGGCGCAGGCGCAAGAAAAAGCAGCGCGUCUUUGCAAACUACGUGGCCGGAGUAUCCCCAACAGACCAAGAGUGCAGAGUUCGGGAACGGGUUACCAGCGGCUUCAAACUUUUUUGUUGUGCCGGAAAGGAGCCACUAAGACCCUUGAUUGACAGCAAUGCUCUUGGCGAAAGUGGGCCUUACUUCUGAGUAAGCACAUGUGAAGGAAAGGAGCAGAAUGGGCCACGCUGUCGGUAUGGAAAGCAGGAGGCGGCGGCAGCAGCCCCAGGCGUAACCGCGGGACCUUUUCAAGCGGCAGGGACAUCCCGGCUGAAAGUUUGCAGGUGGAGUCGGAGUGUGAGGCGGGGCGGUUCCCUUCGGGGGCGGAGCUGGGAGCGUCUGCCUGGAGGGCUUGGACUUCGCUGCGGGUGGCUCUUUUGCUGCAGGACCGGCCUGGAGGAAGGCAGGGAUGGAGGAGGAAGGGGACUGAUCGACGACGGCCCCUUGCUCAGGAUCUGAGCUGCUGAAAAGGAUGCCAGACCCUGGCUGGAAGAGGGCCCUGACUCUAACCAUUAAACAACUCUGGCUUUUGUCGGUGGCUGCUGUUGAACAGUCGUGAGCAGCGUGGUCUGGGCCUGAUUUUUGCCUUUUGGUUCCUUGGCUGUAUGGAUUUCGGCUUGCAUUAGAAACAGUAAUGGCAACAGAAUUCAUCAAGAACUGCUGUGGAAGUUGUUUGUACCUUGGCAAAGAAAAGCAUGCCUCAUCUCUGGAGAAAGACUCUGAAGUUUCAGCCAAAUAUACAUUAGAUGCUAUGGAGAAACCUCCUUUAUCAUCUGUGUCAGUGAAGCCGCAGGUUGGCUGCUCAGAGGAUUAUCUCCUUUCCAAACUCCCGCCAGGGGACAAGGAAGUACCCUUCGUCAUUCCACAAUUCAAGCUUGCUUACAUUCAGCCCAGGAACCUUGGUAGUUCUUCUCACCUCACAGGAAUUCAAGGUUCUGCUAUAACAUCAUUUGUUGACCGGAAGACAGAACUUUCCACUGUGUACAAGCAAGGGCCUCUCUUGGAUGUGGUAUAUAACCCAUUCUUCAUGCAGCAGCACCCACCUCCUUCCCCAGAUUUGAUUAGAUGCCGUCUGGAAAAAUCAGACAAUGGAAGACUGUAUGGGUCAGUUUGUGACUUAAGGAGUAGCACAUUGCCUAACUCAUCCACUUUAAGCCAUUCUAUGUUUGAUCUUACAAGUCCUCCCCACCGAUUCAUGCAGAGAUACGAUUCAGUUUCCAGCGUUCCGAGUAGCACUUCAUCGAGGAAGGAUUCGCAAGGUAGUAACAGGAGUCUAGAUACCAUUGCAUUAUCAAGCGAUGAACGAGAAUUUGGCAAGCUGAAUGUGAAACUGUGGUAUGUUCCUUCCGUGGAACAGAUCUGGAUUACAGUCUUACAAUGUAAAGAUCUGAGCUGGCCAGCUAGCUGUGGAGAAAACCCUCAUAUUUCUGUCAAGGGCAUCCUUACAUUGUCUAAACCAGUGCAAUUCAAAUGUGUGGCCAAAGAAGCUUCCAGUGACAUGGAAUUCAUGGAAACCUUUGUCUUUGCUAUCAAACUACAACUCCUGCAGACUGCAAGACUAAUGUUCAAAAUACAAGCGGUGACUCCCAGAAAGAAAACCAUAGGAGAGUGUGCCCUGCCACUGCGAGAGCUCAGCACACAAGAAACCGAUUAUUGGUUAAUAAUAACACCUCCUUCCAAAGCAUCAGUGUGUUCUGCAGAACUGAAAAUAGGUACCUGUUUUCAAGCAGUAAAUAGCCGGAUCCAGUUGCAAAUUCUUGAAGCCCAGAACCUCCCAAGCUCAUCCAAACCAUUAUCUUUAAGUUUCUUCGUGAAGGCUGCAAUGUUUAGUGUUGGAGGGCUGGUUGACAAAAAGAAGACCCGCCUACUGAAGUCUACCAAUAGUCGAGUAAAAUGGGGCGAAACGAUGAUCUUUCCAGUGAGCCAGAAUGAGCAAGGGGUUAACUUUGUCAUCAAACUAUACAGCAGGAGCUCAGUGAGAAGAAAACACUUUCUAGGACAGGUGUACCUAAGCGGUGACAGCAACAGUAAUGAAGCUGCAGAUCAGUGGAGAGACACCAUGGCUAACCCAGAAAAGGUUGUCAUCAAGUGGCAUUACGUAUCUCCAGCAUGAUGCUGCUAUGUGGGCAAUAUUUUCUUGCUAGUGAAAUGGACUUGGCUCAAGAAGGCUGCUGCGCUUAUUUGAAAUGAACAAGCACUGAAUAUGACAAUGAGGACAGUUGUCACCUGCCUAAACUUUGUAGAAUGCCAUUUCUGGCAAGGAAAAUAAGGCAAAGGAUAAAGGAAUCUGAGCCCUUUUUGCUGAAUGUAAAAGUCACCUUGAGAAGUGGACUAUGGUGGUUUUAUUUUCCAAAAGGAUUUGCAGAUAAAACUAUAUAUUUAUGUUCCUCUUGGAAGAGUUAAAUGUUCCCGGCAAACUGCAUAAAAUGGCAUGAAAGUACUUUCACUGAGGAAGAUUUCCCCUUUUUUGUCAGUUGAAAGCCCUAUCAUAACUGCCACCUUGUUCCAAAACUGUUUAAUAGAUGUUUUAAUAGAUUUCUCCUCAUGAUGAUAGAAUUGUGGCAGACUGAAGAGGGGUGGUUCAUAUUUGUUGGUUAAAACAUCUUGGUUCAAAUAAAGGGUUUUUAAAAAAUAAUUUUGAGGAGUGUUUGUGACUGUAAUAAUACAGCUAGAA